AGUUUUGGCUGCCCCACCAAAAAAAGAAAAGUAUGCCAGCAGGGAAAGCGGUCAAAUUAUUCUGAAAGUCGUCGCAAGUUCAAGUUCGCGACAAUUCGAGCCUUGCCGGCCAGCUUAGGAACAUAUCCAACCUGACAUUGCAAGCGCGCAUAAGUCACAAUGCCGAAAGCAACAACACCUACCUCUGGGCGUGGUGCGCGGCGGCACAACCCACUGGAGGAUGACUUGGUGGCGACUGGCCCAUUGCGCAUGAAGGCACCGAAGCGGAAAUCCAAGGGUGAUGGCCACGAAGACGAGGAUAAUUUCGUGGACGCAAAGUCAUCUAAGAAGAUCCUGGCAAUUGGGCGGGAGCUCAUGGAAGAGAGCGAAAUGAAGCCGCCACGACCACCCACCGACACGGACGCCUUCACCUUCGAUACACGUUUUGAUCAGGAAGAUGAUGACAACAACGAAGCUUUUGGCGACGAUGCCGCCUGGGCAGAUGUGGACGAUAUAGUUGAGGAGAUAGAGCUUGAGCCUGAGGAACUGGCCACCUUCAACAGGUUUCUCCCAACGAACGACGACCCUCUGCUAGAGCACGGCUGGGACGGACCAUCGAGUGCUGAACCAGAGGCGGCAAGGGAAAACACAAAUCUUGCAGAUCUAAUCCUAGCCAAGAUUGCAGCUCAUGAAGCGGGAGAUGAUGGAGCGCAAGAGGUCGGACCUGUUGACGAGGACUACGAGCUACCACCGAAGGUCGUGGAAGUGUUCACCAAGAUCGGGAUCAUUCUGUCGAGAUGGCGCAGCGGAAAAUUGCCCAAACCUUUCAAGAUGUUACCGACAUUGCCGCAUUGGGAAGAUAUUAUCGAGUUGACGAAACCAGAUGAGUGGACGCCGAACGCUUGUCUCGCUGCCACCAAGAUCUGGGUUUCCCACCGACCGGUUGUUGUCCAACGUUUCAUAGAAAGGAUCCUCUUGGAGAGAGUGAGAGAUGACAUCCACGAGACGAAGCAACUAAAUGUACAUCUGAUGGAAGCACUCAAGAAGGCUCUCUACAAGCCCGCCUCGUUCUUCAAGGGAUUCCUGUUUCCCCUGGUCGCCAGUGGAACCUGCACCCUACGCGAGGCCAAGAUCGUAUCGCGACCCCUGAGUCGGACCCAUAUCCCGGUAUUACACUCGGCAGCCGCUAUCAAGGGGCUCUGCGAUAUAGCCGCCGAGCAAGUAUCAGCACAUGGAACCGAAGCCGGCGGCGCCACCAAUUUCUUUAUCAAGACUCUACUCGAGAAGAACGUGGAUCCUGCCUCCGUCAAGGAGGGUGAGAUAAUGGACUUCACCAACGAAAAGGCAGCGACAAAAGCGAAGUUGCCCGUGAUAUGGCACCAAUGUCUCUUGGCCUUCGCGCAAAGGUACAAGUCCGAGAUAACGGAGGACCAACGAGAGAGCUUGUUGGACCUGUUGUUGACACAUGGGCAUCACACGAUUGGGCCCGAGGUGAGGAGGGAACUACUAGCCGGACGUGGACGAGGUGUGGUGGCGGAGCCUGAGGGACCCGCAUUUGAUGGAGAUGACACUAUGCUUAUAGAUGGGUGAGGUCGUGUCAAGCGGCCUGGAGGGCCAAGGAAGUUAUACCAACGAUAUAUGUGCAACGUCAAUCCGGCGCGGCAUGAAUGACGGCGAGAGAGUAGCAUCUUUCUGUCGAGAGUGCUUGGU